GCGCACUUUUUACUCUCUCUCUCUCUCCGUCUCUCUCUCUCUACGUCUCUCUCGUUCCAUUCUAGGGUUUUUGUUCAGAUAGAUAGAUGGUCAUGGACGGGCGAUGGAAAGAGGAUUAUGGGGUAUUGAGCUUGAACGCCUUAAAAUUCAACGGAUCUACGACGGUUCUAUCAGAUCAGAAGUUUCUUAAUGCAAUGAGUCUGAACGAAACAUUUUUAGAUCGAAAUUCUACGGACCAUUCUCCAGAGUUACCUGAUGCAAGCCUUACAUCUUCUAGCUCAAAUAAUGAGCAUGACCCUCAUGAGGAUUUUGAUUAUAGUGAUGUAGUUUUCAAGUACAUAAAUCAGAUGCUCAUGGAAGAAGACAUAGAGGAGAAGACUUGCAUGCUUCAAGAGUCUGCUGCUCUUCAAGCUGCAGAAAAAUCGUUUUAUGAUGCUCUUAUGAUAAAUGAACCUCCUUUCUGUAAUGUCCAUUCUACAGUACCUCUGUAUGAUGAUGAUGGCAAGAAUGAGAUUUCUAUAGGGGGCUACAAUUAUUUUGGUGGUAACAGUUUCAUAAGUGGUACAGGUCUUAGUUGUGAUGUUAGCGAUUACAACUCUCCUCUUGUGCCAACUGUUACCUUCAAUCUUGAUUCACAAUCCAUAUCCCAGUCCUCUUAUUGCUCAUCGAGUAGUAAUAGUUGUGUUAUAGAUGGUUAUGUGGAUUCACCAGUGAGUAUUCAAAGUUUUUCUGAUCUACUUGGUAGUAGCAGAUCUGCUAUGCACUUUCAAAACAACAGUGAUAAGGCCUUAACUCAUCUGGGGACUAAUCACGUGUUUGGAGAGAAUCAAAGGGAAGAUGUUAAUACUGUGGUUGUCAAGGCAGAGAAGGAACAUGAAAGCAAUUCCAUCCGAGAAGAAUCAAGAGGAAAGAAAAAUUCUUAUUCCAAAGAUCUUGUUGAGGAUGGGAGAAUUUCUAAGCAAUCUGCAGUUUACACUGAACCAACUGUGAGGUCCAAGAUGUUUGAUGACGUUUUGCUUUGUAGUGGUGGAAAUAACCAUCCUCAAGGUAACUUUGUUCAUAAUGGGGUCACUAGAGUACAACCAAAGGGGAACAAGGGAAAGGGGCGUGGUAAGAAAGGGGUUAAAAAGGAUGUAGUGGAUAUGAGAACACUCUUGAGCCUCUGUGCACAAGCUGUUGCAGCGAAUGACCAAAGAAACGCAAUUGAUCUACUGAAACAGAUAAGAGAACAUGCUUCACCCACAGGAGACGGGAUGCAAAGAUUGGCCCAUUACUUCUCUGCUGGUCUUGAAGCACGAAUGGCUGGCUCAGGAACUGAAAUAUACAAAGCGCUUCUUUCCAGGCCUAUAUCUGCUGUGGAUGUAUUGAAAGCUUAUCAUUUAUAUCUUAGUUGCUGCCCCUUCCUGAAGAUCUACAAUUUUUUUUCUAAUAAGACUAUUUUGCAUACUGCCGAGAAUAAGGCAAAGCUGCAUAUCGUAGACUUUGGUAUCCUUUAUGGCUUCCAAUGGCCUUGCUUCAUACAUCGCCUCUCAACUAGGCCUGGUGGUCCACCUGAACUUCGAAUCACUGGAAUUGACUUCCCAUGUCCUGGUUUUCGACCGUCCCAGAGAGUCGAGGAGACAGGGAGUAGGCUAGCAAAUUAUGCAGAAACUUUUAAUGUUCCAUUCAAGUUCAAGGCCAUAGCUCAAAAGUGGGAAACAAUCACAAUGGAGGAUCUUGAGCUUGAUAGCGAUGAAAUACUAGUUGUGAAUUGUGCAUAUAGGUUUAGGAACUUGCUUGAUGAGACAGUCAUGGUGGACAGUCCAAGAAAUAAAGUUCUGAACCUUAUUAAGAAAAUGAAACCAGACAUCUUUAUACAGGGUGUUAUCAAUGGGUCCUACAACGCUCCUUUCUUUAUCACCAGGUUCAGAGAAGCUCUUUUUUUCUUCUCUUCUUUGUUUGAUAUGAUCGAGGCCAAUGCGUCUCGUGAGACUCAGGAGAGGAUGCUGAUUGAGAAAAUCUUUUGGGGACGAGAAGCCAUGAAUGUCAUUGCUUGUGAAGGUGGCGAGAGGAUAGAGAGACCCGAAACAUACAAACAAUGGCAGGUCCGGAACAUGAGGGCUGGAUUUCGCCAGCUCCCACUUAAUCAAGAAAUCUUGAAAUUGGCUAAAGAGCGGGGGAAGUCAUGCUAUCACCCAGAUUUUGGGAUUGAUGAAGAUGGUCACUGGAUGUUGCAAGGCUGGAAAGGACGCAUUAUAUCUGCAUUAUCUUGUUGGAAGCCGGCUUCCUGAACUUGUAUUUAUUUUCUUCGAUGGAAGGGAGAUCAUCAGACGCUUCUCUUGCUGGGCUUAGUGAUUACAACGUGCAUUUGAAUUUGUCAGGACGUCAUCAUUUUAGAAACAGGCCAAGUAAGAAGGAAGCUGGCUGCUGCGCAUACUGGAACAUUGACAAACGAAGCAAGCAUCCAGGUUCCGGUGUGGGGUAUGUAUAUCAACUUCCAUUAGUACAAGAAGUAGUUAAAAAGCGAAAGUAAUGGCAUUGAUCAUGUUAAAGAAUACCUAAAUUUGUAAAAUUGUGGAAACGGUGUUUAUAAGAAUAAUCAUCGUUGCUCAUUGUAACCGUGGUAGUUCAUUAGAAAUAGGCUUCCAUUAUUGUUCUAGUGUUGCAAAUUCAUGUGCUUAAUGAAACUUAAUUCAUCCACAAUUAAAGUUCAUCUUA